UGUACUUUUUGAAGACAGCUGGUGGAUGAACACCGAAGAAAUCAAUGGAUUAUUUGAGAACUGGGGCUAUGAUAACAAAAAUGUGUGGUCCUAUAUAUUAACAAGGGCCUUGUGAAGUAAACGUCGAGAUCGGAGCGUCAGAGGGUAACCUUUGAACGACGCAAUGAUUCUGAUGACAAUGAUAGCUAGGGUGGCUGAUGGGCUACCGCUAGCGGCGUCAAUGCAGGAUGAUCAGCAGGCUGGACAAAACAUGCUUGAAUAUCAGAACAUGGCCAAGCAACUCUUCAAGAAAAUCAAUGCACAGUCACCAGAAAGAUUCUCAUUGGAAGCUGGGGCUCUCAUAUUCCAUUGUUUGAAUGAGCGAGGGGUUGUGUAUCUAGCUCUCUGUGAGAAGUCUUACUCUAAACGGUUAGCGUAUGGCUAUCUUGAAGACCUGCAGAAUGAAUUCCAGUUACAAUUUGGAGCACGUGUUUCAACAGUAUCUAGACCAUAUAGUUUCAUUGAAUUUGACACAUACAUGCAGAAAGCAAAGAAAUCUUACCUUGAUUCGAGGGCGAGAAGAAACCUUACGAGCAUAAACACAGAGUUGCAAGACGUUCAGAGGAUAAUGGUGCAAAAUAUAGACGAUGUGUUACAAAGAGGGGAAGCAUUAUCAGAACUUGACAACAAAGCUAGCAACCUCUCAAGUCUCUCACAGAAAUAUCGACAGGAUGCUAAAUAUCUGAAUCUUCGAUCAUCAUACGCCAAAAUAGCCGCAGUUGUAGUUAUAGUCAUCUUAUUUUUAUUUUAUGUGCGAUUCUGGUGGUUCUGAUCACCAUGGAAACAUAAACAUUGACUGACCACAUUAAAAAGUCAACAGUUAUUUUGUUGAUGGAAAUUUGUAGAGCGACUUUUUGCCACCAUGGAGGUGAGGGAGGGUGCUGAGUUAGUGUCUCCAUUGAAACUGAAAAUAUCGUGACGGGCACCUUUGAAAAAUGUCAUUUGUUGCAAUUAUGGGGCAAUUAUAGGAAAGACAACUGUUGGAUGUUGAUCCCAGGUCUUGGUGCAAGUGAUAUUUGAGGAUAAUCCCAUGACCUCAACAGUUAGAAUAUCUUCAUGCAGAGCUUCAGAAUGUGCAAUGGUAUCUUUGUCUCCUCUGUGCUUCGAUUACACCUUCAUGUCUGUAAUGUUAAAUGUCCAUCAAUCACACCCAUGCAAAGACUUCCCCAACGCGAUACUGCUUCUGAUAUUUAGGUAGAGUUUGCCUGGUUGUUUAAUCACGCUUGAUAUUGGUAAUAAGUACGUAGCUGAUGAAAGGUAGCUGCUUUAUUGAUAUCCUUUUCGAUGUACCCUCCUGUUUCCUUAUCAAUGCUAACACAUGUACUUACUACUAGGAAAAUGUAAGGAUUCUACACUGUGCAUCUUCAAUUCAACCACAAGCUUGUCGCAUAUGACUGCAUGUAUAUAGUUUGAAUAAUUUGUACAUUAUUUAUCUGUAUGUAAGAAAAUGAUUGUGAAUGUAUCUUGACGUCUGUCUGUGAUUGUGAAGUACCUUUCCAACACUCAUCCAGCUACCUAACCUCGUCUUGGUACAGAUGAAGCCGUAGACUGUCUAUGAUAUCCAUGUUUUGUAUCCCUGUACAUAAUGAAAUGUUCUGUAUGCAUUUAGGAUGGAGGAGAGACAAGGAAAUA